CUGUUGGUACCAGAUGAUGGGUUGUGGGGCACUGAGAACCCAGAUGGCACCUGGUCAGGCAUGAUGGGCAUGAUCGUGAGGGAGGAGGUUGAGUUCGCCCUGGGUCCCUUCACCAUGACAGCAGAGAGAGGCUCCGCCAGUGACUUGUCCUUUCCUCUAAACAGCGAUAACAAAGCUAUACUGACAGUCAGACCACGCGUGGAGAAUGAUAUCUCAGCCUUCCUGAAGCCCUAUACCACAGAGGUGUGGCUUGUGUUGCUGGCUAGUGUGGUGUGUGUGGAGAGCAUGAUGGUGUGGCUCAUGUCAACAGAGGAAAAGAUAUUCAAUAAACGCACCAGGAAUGUGGUCUCUAAGAAGGUCUCUCAGACCUGGGUCUGGGUUCUUCAGGUCGUCACACUUGAGAGUCCUCAGUUUCUUCACAAGAGAGACGCAGGACGUCUCAUAGCCACCUCCUGGCUCCUGGCUUCCAUAGUCUUCGCCGCCUCCUACGGCGGGGUCCUGACCGCUAUGCUGACGGUUCCUCGGGUCACCAUCCCAAUAGACUCCCUGCCUGAUCUGGUGUCCCAAACUAAGCUGCCCUGGCGGCUCGAGGCUGGCUCUAUGAUAACUAGAUUUCUUUUGGAGUCCGGGGACCCGAUGAGGCAGAGGGCGGUGACGGCGAUGUCUGGGAGCAUUCCUAACUGCUGGGAGGCUCGUCAGGAGCUCGCUGAGGGUAAAUUCGCUGCCAUCUGCGACGAGACCACCAUGAAGAAAGUCAUGGACUGGGAGUUUAGUGCGAACGCUCAGUGUCACCUCUACAUUGCUCGGGAGAAGGUCCUAACUAACGCGAUGGUGGCCAUGGCUUUCAGAAAAAACUCUUCCUAUCUUUCCAAAGUCAACAAAAUCAUCCACACGGUGAAGGAGGCUGGACUGAUUUCUAAGUGGCUUGGAGAGCAAGUCACCAACGCCUCGCAGUGUCUUCGACCUCCCUCCUCCGACAAACGUGAUGGCAUCGCCGCUCUCAACCUCGAUGCCUUCGCUGGUCCUCUUCUCAUCCUCCUGGGAGGGAUUUAUGUUGGUGUCAUAGUGUUUGUGGGCGAGCACCUGGCACAACACACGAGGAAACACAACGUUGCCGCUGUCGUAAAACUUUCCGAGAGCCAAUUAACGCAAAUUGAACACUAG